AUCAUGUCAGAAGCAGCCGUGGACACCAGCUCCGAGAUCACCACCAAGAACUUAAAGGAGAAGAAGGAAGCUGUGGAGGAGGCAGAGAAUGGAAGAGACACACCUGCUAAUGGGAACGCUAAUGAGGAAAAUGGGGAACAGGAGGCCGACAAUGAGGUAGAUGAAGAGGAGGAAGAAGGUCAUGAUGAGGAAGAGGAUGGAGAUGAAGAUGAGGAGGCAGGGGCAGCUGAAGAUGAUGAGGAGGACGAUGUGGACUCCAAGAAGCAGAAGACUGAUGAGGAUGACUAGACAGCAAAAAAGGAAAAGUUAAACAUAACAAA